ACGGUCUGCAGGCAGACGUGCGCUCAGGAACGCUCCGAUGCUGAGGCUGGAGAGGAGGAGGGAUCAGCUGCAGCAUCACCGUCUCCCGCAUUAACGGAGGAACCCUGGAGGAUGAUGGGAGAGAUGGAGGGGGGAGUCACAGAUCAGUGACACAUUCAUAUCAAUCAGCUCUUUUCAUACCGGGAUCAUAUCGCCUGAUCUGUAGUUUUGGAUGCACGUUGUUCCUCUCUGGAUGGGUCCAGCCUGACGUCAACGACGUGACAGCGUGACUCAACAAGGUGUGCAGAGCUUCUCUGCCUGCCUCUGUUAAACUUGGCCCCAGAGCAUCAUGGGAGGCGCGCCGGUGGACUCAGGUGAUGUAGGAGUGAAGGCCCCGGAUGGAGGGUGGGGCUGGGCGGUGCUGGCCGGCUGUUUCGUCAUCACGGGUUUCUCGUACGCCUUCCCCAAAGCGGUCAGCGUCUUCUUCAAAGAGCUGAUCCGAGAGUUCGGGGUUGGCUACAGUGACACGGCGUGGAUCUCCUCCAUCCUGCUUGCCAUGCUCUACGGCACAGGUCCUCUGUGCAGCAUCUUGGUGAACCACUUCGGCUGUCGUCCGGUGAUGAUGGUCGGCGGUCUCUUCGCCUCGCUGGGAAUGAUCCUGGCGUCUUUCUCCACCAGCAUCAUCCACAUCUACCUGUCCACAGGUGUCAUCACAGGUUUGGGUUUGGCGUUGAACUUCCAGCCCUCCCUCAUCAUGCUGAACCGUUACUUCAGCGAGAAGCGUCCGUUAGCCAACGGGCUCUCAGCAGCAGGAAGUCCCGUGGCUCUGUGCUGCCUCUCACCUUUAGGACAGGUGCUGCAGUAUCAGUACGGCUGGAGGGGGGGCUUCCUCAUCCUUGGGGGUCUCUUAUUGAACUGCUGUGUAUGCGGGGCCCUUAUGAGGCCUCUGGAGCCCCCUAAGACACUCAAACCUAAAGACUCAGAGCAGAGCGGUGUCGACGUAGCAGAGAAGAAGAAGGAGAAGAAGAAACUGCUGGACUUCUCCGUCUUUAAAGACUCAGGCUUCGUCAUCUACACGGUGGCGGCGUCCAUCAUGGUUCUGGGGCUCUUUGUUCCUCCUGUGUUCGUUGUGAGCUACGCUAAAGAGAUGGGGAACGAGGACACUAAAUCAGCUCUGCUGCUCACCAUCCUCGGGUUCAUUGACAUUUUUGCUCGGCCCACGUGUGGCGUGAUCGCCGGACUGAAGUGGGUCCGACCUCGAUGUGUCUACCUCUUCAGCUUUGCACUGAUCUUCAACGGGACCACCGACCUGAUCGGGUCACAGGCGAAGGACUACUCAUCCCUGGUGGUCUUCUGCAUCUUCUUCGGUAUCUCCUACGGGAUGGUUGGUGCUCUGCAGUUUGAGGUUUUGAUGGCAAUCGUUGGUACUGAGAAGUUUUCCAGUGCUAUCGGCCUGGUCCUGCUGAUGGAGGCCAUCGCUGUGCUGGUGGGGCCGCCGGGAGCAGGCCGUCUCCUCGAUGCCACUAAGAACUACAUGUAUGUCUUCAUGCUGGCGGGGAGCGAGGUCGUCCUCUCUGCCUUGGUUCUGGCUGUUUGUAACUUCCUGUUCAUCAGAAAGAAGAAGUCUCCGACACCAACAGACAAGCUCCAGAGCAUCACAGUGACUGAGGAGACCAAGAUGGAGGCAUGGGGCGAGCCUGCAGAGACCACUGAUGGAGAGGAGAAAGGAGCGAGGGAGGAGCAAGAGAAGGAGACAAAGAAGGAGGCGAUGACAGAGAGGAAGGAGAGAGAGGAGAAGGAGGAUGUAGUGAGGCCAGAGAGCAUCACCGUGGACUCAAAGGAGGUGGAAGAGUUUCUAAAGGAGUCUCAGCAAAACGGCGUCACGGCGUCCAGUCCUGAAACGUGUCUGUGACACAGAGUAGAGCUCAUUCAUGAAGAUAACUGCAGGAGGAGAGCUCUGCUAGGAGGUUAUAGAUGUUUAAUGGACGUUUUCACUGCCACACCAAGAAGCAAAAGUCAAGUUAGCAAUAUCUUAUCACUCGAUGUUUAAAUGUGAUGGUUAUCGGUGUUUAUUAGAGGAAAUCAGCGCUGGCUUUUAGAAGUGAAGAGUUUUAUUUUGAUGUAGCCACCAGCAAGUAAAGGUGAGGGACAAACCUGAUGAUAUUCUGUUUUUAGUGUCAACAAAUCACAAAAAUACAAUGAAGAAUACAAAACAACCUCGCUGCAUGCUCUAGCUGGUGCAAUAAAUGAGAAUAGUGUUCAAUAAUGGGGUGCAUAUCUGAAAAAAUGCAAGACUGAGCGAUGUUUGGAGUCAGAGAGAGUAAAAUCAUGGUGCUCUUGGAACGGGAUAGAAGAGAAGGAAAACUCUGCAAAAAUCCACAACACUCUCUUUUAAACAUUCAAACCUUUAUUUUUCAGUCUUCCUCAGGACGUCCCAUGACCUCCAACGAGGGAUGAUGCAUCCUAGUUUUUCCUGAAGGUCAUCAUGACCUUGGAGACAAAAGUUCAGCUGUGUAAAAGACAGAACCGUGAAGUUUUGCUUGUUAGUAUUGGUGGAUUUUCACUACCUCAUAACUUUUUAUUUUAACUUCUAAUCUUGAUUAUAACAAUCCCCCCCCACCCCAAAAUGUAAAGCUUUGUUUUGCUUGAAGUCAGUAACUACUUGUCAUUGCCAGAAGCUUUCUUUAACACUAAAACUACCCUUCCCUGAAGCCCGUCAACAAAUGAGUCUAUUAGCUAUGUCUUAAUACUACAAUUCCAUAAAAAUUGGGACACUUUGUGAAAGUACAUAAGAAGAGAAGUUAAUGAUUUUCAAAU